AAUGUCUCAAGUAGAUAGCUUCUUAUAAUAAAACUAAACUGAUAUAUACCGCUGUAAGACAUCAUAUUUCGAAAUAAUUAGUAACAAUACUUGUUUGCUUGUAUUUUUAAUAAACCUAUCGUUAGUUACAAACUAUCAAUUUGUUAUCAAGUUUUACUGGUUUGACCGCGUUGGUUAUUAUUAGAGCAUCCUGAAACACCCCACAAAUGAAAAGUGGGUCUAUGUAUUUGCAUAAGAAAAAACCUCCCAAAACCAAAUUUCCUGCCAAAUAUUGUCCCAAAGUCAAAUAGAUUUUGACCACGAAACAUCUGAGUAUACUCAACCACACGCAAUCAUCCAAUAAUACCAACCCUCUCUGCUUAUAAUAUAACCCUUUUUCCAAUCAAUCAAACAAACACAACACAACCCAACCCAACCCAAAAAAAAAAAAAAAACCAAACUCAAUCACCUUUCAAAGACAGCACAACACUAUCUUACCUUAACUCAGCCACACACAAAAAAAAAUGGCGAUGUUCCACCGUUAUCAUCACUACUUCUCCAUCCUCCUCUCCACCAUCUUCCUCUCACAUCUCCACUCCGCCCAAGCCGCCGACUUCUGCGUGGCCGACCUCACCAGCCCGACCACAACCGGCUACACGUGCAAGAACCCGGCCACCGUGACCGCCGACGACUUCGUGCUGACCGCCCUGGCUCGCGGGGGCAACACCUCCAACAACGUCAACAAGUUCGCCGCGGUCCCGGGCUUCGUCCAGCAGCUCCCGGGCCUCAACGGGCUGGGCCUGGCGAUCCAGCGGGCCGACAUCGAGCCCGGUGGGGCCAUCCCGCUGCACACCCACCCGGCGGCCUCGGAGAUGAUCUACGUGGCGGAAGGGUCCAUCACCGCCGGGUUCAUCUCCGGGGAGCCGGCCAACGUGGUGUACGUCAAGAAGCUGAAUAAAGGGGAAGUGAUGGUUUUCCCUCGGGGGCUUUUGCACUUCCAGGCGAACACGGGGAAAGAGCACGCCAUGGGGAUAGCGAGUUACAGCAACUCGGAGCCCGGGGUGCAGUUGGUGAGCGCGGCGCUGUUUGGCAACGAUUUUCCGUCGUUUUUGGUGGAGAAGACGACGAAUAUUGAUGAAGCUGAGGUGAAGAAGCUCAAAGCUCUUCUUGGUGGUUCCGGCUAGGUUAUUAAGAGCAAGAGGUGUUAUAUAUCCAAUUAAUUAACUAAUAUAUGUGGAAUGAAUAUGUCCUUUGUUGAUGGUUUGUAGUUAGUUUGUAUUAUAGAGUGGAUGUUUGGGUGGAGGAAAAUGGUCACUUACGCAACUGUUUUCAAUUUAUUUGUGAAUGAGGUCACAAAAUUGUACGCCUUUUGUAAAUUUUCAGAGUUUGAUUGUGGGGUAGAUAUUGUUCAAUCAUGAUUAAACAUUUCGGUUUUUGUUCGUUUGCUUCUUGAAUUUGGGCGAUGGAUUUGGUACUCAAAUCCAAUUCAUCAUGGAUUUAAGAGAAAUUCAUUGUUUGCUUGCACUUUUUUAGAUAUCAAAUUUAUGGGAGCAGCCCACGGAUUUUACAGGUCCAAAUUUGUGGACCCCAUGAACUUGUGAAUCCCACCUGAUGAUGUGAGAUUUGGAACAUACUAUAAAUUUAUGAUGAUAUUUUACCAUAUAUCCUCAUGAACUUUUAAUAUUCCAAAGUUGUCAUCUCAUUUGCCUAUUGUAUAUUAUAAUUAAUCAAUUAAUUAACAACAAAUAGAUAAUAUAAAUAUUCAAUUAAUGCGCAAACAUGAGUUAGAUUUUAUAUGGGGUUUCUUGUGUUCUAGUUUCCUUUGACCUUUUCAAGGAACGUGAAAGUCUUUGUUCUCCCGGUUCUAAUAUAUGUUGUCAUAAUUUAAAGGUUACUUUUGAAAAGAAGGGCAAAGAAUUGAUAACUAAUAUAUUCCGUUAAAAGUU